AGUCGCCAGGUUAAAGAAGACCCCCUGCUCCCGCGGUAGAGCCAGUCGUGCCACCGCGGCCACAGCAGCAGCAUGGAGCGCCGUGCGCUCCUCCUGGUGGCCUUUGUGGCGGCUACCGCACAGGUCGUGCCUUCGGCUGCGCAAUUUUCUAGGGCCACAUCGAUAGCUGAUCUGUCGGACAGCGAUCUCUCCGCUCUGCUGUCGUCUGCCGCUCGACCAGAGUCUGUCGCCAGGCCAUCGCCAGGUCGUCUUCCGGACCUUGCCAGCCUCUCGCCAGGUCGUCUACCCAGCAUAGCCAGGCCCUCACCAGGUCGUCUACCCAGUAUCGCCAGGCCCUCACCAGGCCGCCUCCCGGACCUGGCCGGCGGGCUCACACCCGGCCGCCUUCCGGAUCUUUCGCCCGGCCGCCGUCCCGCCCCCGGCGAAGCAUUCCUUCAGCCAGCCAGUUUUGGUUCACGAUGCUCAGGAACUCAGAAGUGCGUCAACAUUCGUGACUGUUCCGCCUUCAGGACGCGGGAGGACAUCCUGCGUAAGAGGCCGACCCUGUGCGGUUUCUCCGGGAGGGUUCCGCUUGUGUGCUGCGACGGUGAGAGUCAGGUCACCGAAAGGCCGCCAUCCGUUCUGCCGAAGCAAUGUGGCAAGCAGAUAAUUCAGCUAGAGCCCCUGACAGCUAAAAAACGCUUGAGUCGCCAAGUCCAUCGCAGAAGACCCACGAAACCUUUUCUUCCGUCUCAGAUGGUAGCAGUUGAAUUUGAACGAUUCACUACGCCGCGUCCGGUAAUCGGUGGCAGCCCAGUUGACCUGGUCAGUGAAUUACCGGGCGGCCGGCUGGUCCACCGCUGGCCCUGGAUGGUGCUGUUCGGCCGCUGGACGGACGCCGGGCUGGGCGACUGGUUCUGCGGCGGCACCCUCAUCACCGACCGGCACGUGCUCACGGCCGCCCACUGCCUGCGACCCGAGGAGGCCGGCACCGUGGGCGCGCGCAUCGCCGACCACGACCUGAACCGGCUGGACGAGGUGGAGCACCAGCAGCGGAACGUCUCCCGCAUCGUGCGCCACCCGCAGUACGCGGGCGCGCAGAACGACCUGGCCGUGGUGCGGCUGGCGGCGCCGGUGGAGCUGACGGACUCGGUGCAGCCCAUCUGCCUGCCGCCGGCCGGCGCCGACCACCUGGGACAGGAGGCGGCCGUGGCCGGCUGGGGCCUGCUCGAGUUCAACGGCGACUCACCGGACGUGCUGCAGGAGGCGCCGCUGCGCGUCACCGACCCGGCCGUCUGUGAGGCCGCCUACCGGCGCGUGCCGCAGUUCGAGCGCCGCUUCCCGGGCGGCUUCCAGGGCACCAAGGUGUGCGCCGAGAGCCCGGACGGCGAGCCGCGCGACGCGUGCCGCGGCGACUCGGGCGGCCCGCUGAUGGUGCUGAGCGCUCCGCAGGGUGAGGGGAGCGGCACCUACCAGCUGGUGGGUGUUGUCUCCACUGGCGUCGGCUGCGGCAACCCCCAGUUUCCCGGCCUCUACACCAAGGUGUCGGCCUACAUCGACUGGAUCGUCAGCCAGCUCACCUGAAUUGCGUGGAUAUAUGCACCCAGCUCAGCACCCAAUGCAUCCAAUUGUGUACUUUUAUGCAACUACAGAACACGAUCUGUGUUCUUUCGUCUUUAUCCAAUAGCGCAGGCCAAGCUUUUAGGAAUAGUUGUUAUACCCAGCCAGCAGUGUGGUAUGGCUCAAGUCCAUUUUGCCCCGGCAACUCCGACAUACCAGUGUAAACAGAACACCGUCGGAACAUGGGGUUUGGGCCGAUAUGGCUCAAUUCCGGUUAGCCAGUCCUUGCCGUAGCGCUCCGGAGUCGGUAUGGUUUCGGACCGACAAGUCCGGCUAAGUCGGGAUCCCUGCCACGGCGUCCUACGGCCAGGUCCGGCUGCCUUGUAGCUGCUCUGGCUUACUGCGGCUGAACUAUGAGGAACGGUUUUAUGAGGAUUGUGGCCCUUACACGAAGUUCUCAAAAGCCGGCAACAGUUACAUUAGUGUUACUAAGUAAUAAUUCGCCACAUUACGUCUUGCCUACUCAACUUUCCAGACUGCUUAUGUAACCUUAUAUGCAUUCUGGACGGUCUCUACAGUGGAUAGUGAGCAGUGAGCGCCGUUCUGGGUACUUCAUAACAACUUUCUAAGCGCCAAUCUUUGCGUCGCGAGGGUGCUGCAGUGAAUUGUGACAUAAUUUCUUUCUUGGAAAUGCGUAGAACUGUGUUUGACAUUUAUGGACUGUGGGCAUAAUAUAGCAGUGCACACUGCACAAGGCCUUAAUGAAUAAAAAAUCAGUCAGGGAACUGGAUUUAUCAAAAGGUUAUUGGAGCUCAAACCUCGCAUGACCUUCAGUGUCUCGUGUCAGGUAAGUAUGCACCAAAUAAUAAGCUCGAUAAAAGGAAAAACCUAUUGUAGAGAACCCUAAACUAAACCUACUAAUACUAAUAAUAAACCUACUAAACCACUAAAUGCGCUGUCAAAUAGCUCCACCGGUAGGGGAAGG